AUGCGUCUUGCUAUACUAUUUAUCUCUGUUUUAUUCAGUGGGUUAUUCCACAACCAUGGAACGCUUGCCCUGUCAUCUUCCAAUCUCGGCAAGAAUGCGUUGUCGGGUGACUGGUCGGCCGCAAAACUGGCGCUUCGCGACCCUCACUGCUGUGUGGUUUCCGUGUCUGGGCUGGACCAUCAUUUGAAAGUGCUGCAAGAUAAUUUUGUCGACGACGGUCCAUUCGACUUGGAUCUUCGAACUCGCAUACGAACCAGCGACCCAUCGUUUCUUGGGAGAGAUUGCCGCCAAUUGAGACAGUCGGUAUGCCAAAAUAAUCAACAUGAACAGGAUGAUGAUAAUGCAUGUGCUGCGGCUUUGGAGGAAUUGGCCCUAGGUGUCGCCUCUCUGAUCGAUGACACCGAUGGACCACCCUCCAUGGAUGUUCACAUGAGAGUUGUCUGUGCCUCGGAUUAUCGCGCCAAUGAUCCCAUGUUCCACACCGACAAGGCACCACUCCGUGGCUACGUGACGCUAAAGGGGGUAGGGACGCAAUUCAUGACCCGGACCUGUAGUCCCUGGGAAUACAUGACCUUGCGGACUUUCGGAAUGCCAGGCGCAAACAGGGAGCCAUGUCGGAGCGUACGAGACGCCCCGGAAUUGGAAUUCAUCGUCAUGAAGGGAGAUUAUUAUCCUCAACAACAACAGCAAACAAAUGAUGCAGAUCCGCAAUCACCACUGUCAUCCAUGUUGUCUGGUAGUAAACUAUGGCAACGAACCUUUGCUUGUGUGCAUCGAUCUCCUCCAGGUGCCACAUUCGGCGGACGUCGUGUCAUCAUCUCGUUGGAUUUGGCAGACGGUGAUGAUGAUCGUGAAUGGUAUCAAGCCGGUAAAAAACGAGAAUGGAGGAGUGGCAUGACCCAACGAAAAUCCCAUUUGGUGGCUUGA